UCUCGGCCCCUACUUGCUACUUCCUGUGUCUGAGACUUGCGUAGUGCGUGUGCGCCGCGGCCUGCUCUUCCUCCAGUUUGUGUAACAUGGGAGUCCCGGCGUUCUUCAGGUGGCUCAGCCGCAAGUACCCGUCCAUUGUCGUGCACUGCGUGGAGGAGAAGCCUAAAGAGUGCAAUGGCAUCAAGAUACCGAUUGAUUCCAGCAAGCCUAACCCAAACGAGGUGGAGUUUGACAACUUGUAUUUGGAUAUGAAUGGCAUCAUCCAUCCAUGUACUCACCCGGAGGACAAACCGGCACCUAAAAAUGAAGAUGAGAUGAUGGUGGCCAUCUUCGAGUACAUUGAUAGAUUGUUUAAUAUUGUGAGGCCGAGGAGGUUGCUCUAUAUGGCUAUAGAUGGCGUGGCACCUCGAGCCAAGAUGAAUCAGCAGCGCUCUAGGCGUUUUAGGGCUUCAAAAGAAGGUGUAGAAUUGGUGGAUGAGAAGAACCGUAUCCGGGAGGAAGUGAUCUCCAGAGGUGGCUACCUUCCUCCUGACGAAGUGAAAGAAAGGUUCGACAGUAACUGUAUCACUCCUGGCACGGAGUUUAUGGACAACUUGGCAAAGUGUCUUCGUUACUAUGUUGCAGAUCGUUUAAAUAAUGACCCCGGCUGGAAAAACCUUACAGUCAUUUUAUCGGAUGCAAGUGCCCCUGGAGAAGGUGAACAUAAAAUUAUGGAUUACAUCAGAAGACAACGAGCCCAGCCUCAUCAUGACCCUAACACUCAUCAUUGCUUGUGUGGUGCUGACGCUGACCUCAUCAUGCUUGGACUAGCCACUCAUGAACCCAACUUUACCAUCAUCAGAGAAGAGUUUAAGCCUAACCAACCAAGGCCAUGUGCAUUAUGUGCUCAGUUUGGGCAUGAGCUAAAAGAGUGCCAAGGAGUAGCCCGUGAGAAAAAAGGAGAGCAUGAUGAAUUUGCUGGUAGUCCCCCAGGGUCUGAACAAGAGUUUAUCUUCAUUCGUCUUAGUGUGUUACGUGAGUAUCUGGAAAAAGAGCUGACCAUGGCAAGCUUGCCUUUUCCAUUUGACUUUGAAAGAAGUGUCGAUGAUUGGGUCUUCAUGUGCUUUUUUGUUGGCAAUGAUUUCUUGCCACAUCUUCCCUCCCUUGAAAUCAGGGAAGGUGCAAUUGACAGACUUGUAAACAUUUACAAAAAUGUUGUGCAUAAGACCGGGGGCUACCUUACUGAGAGUGGGUUUGUGAACUUGGAGAGGGUGCAGAUGAUCAUGCUGGCUGUUGGAGAAGUCGAAGAUAGCAUUUUCAAGAAACGAAAAGAAGACGAUGAGAACUUUAAGAGGAGACAAAAGGAUAAGAAAAAGCGAAUGAAGGGGGGACACCACAGGCCAGCUUUUGCUCCCACUGGACAGUUUGCCCCUCAGGCACUAGGUCGGAAUAUGUCCACCCCUAACACCAUCGUCAACCCAAGACAAGCUGCCUUUCAAAUGAGAAUGCACGACUCUAAUCCUGGAAACACCCAGUCUCCUGCAGGAACAAAGAGAAAAGCCGAGGACAGUGACAGUGAGCCCGAGCCAGAAGAUAAUAUCAGGUUAUGGGAAGAUGGAUGGAAGCAACGCUACUAUAAAAACAAAUUUGAUGUUGAUGUCUCUGAUGAAAAGUUUCGACGCAAGGUUGUGCAGUCCUACGUGGAAGGUCUUUGUUGGGUGCUCCGCUACUAUUACCAGGGUUGCGCUUCUUGGAAAUGGUUUUUUCCAUUUCACUACGCUCCUUUUGCUUCUGACUUUGAAAAUAUUUCGGAACUCUUUAAAGAAUUUGAAACUAACACCAAACCAUUCAAGCCACUUGAACAGCUGAUGGGAGUAUUUCCUGCUGCUAGCGGUAACUUCCUACCUGUCACAUGGAGACGACUCAUGAGCGAUCCAGAAUCUAGUAUAAUUGACUUCUAUCCUGAUGACUUUGCCAUCGAUUUAAAUGGAAAAAAGUUUGCCUGGCAAGGUGUUGCUCUGUUGCCAUUUGUUGAUGAGCGGCGUCUAAGAGCGGCUUUGGAAGAGGUUUACCCUGACCUCACUCCUGAUGAAAAAAGAAGAAAUAGUCUUGGCGGCGAUCAUCUCUUUGUUGGGGGAAACCAUCCCCUGAACGACUUCAUACAUGAGCUAUACAAGAGCAAUACUACAGAGCCAACUGGAAUGCCACCAGAGCUGUGCCAUGGAAUUCAGGGAAUGUUUGAAACUGACGAUGGCGCCGUCCUUCCCAAUCUGAUUGUGGAGUCUCCGGUGCCUAUGUUGAGAAGUUUAACACAAAAUUAUGCAAUUAGCAUCAAAUUUAAAGACCCAGAAUAUGACGAUGGUUACGUUUUCAAAGCUGUGGUAUUACAAGGUGCAAAAAAACCACCAGUUACCUUAAAACCAGGAGAUUGGGAGAAGGGCAAUAGAAAUGGCCGGCCUUGGAACCCACAGCUGGGUUUCAAUCGAGACAGAAAGCCAAUGCAUCUUGAUCAGUCUGCUUUUAGAACACUAGGCCACGCCGUACCACAAACCAGAGGACCACCAAGGGGGGGUGGACAGUACAGCAGUGCCCCUCCACCAAAUGCUUACAAUCCUGUAAAUGCGUACAGAAUGCCCAACAAUCGCCAACAGAUUCCCAAUCUAAUGCCAAACCCAAGAGCACAAAACACUUGGUCAAAUCGUCCACCUCUUUUUAAUCAGCCACCACAACCACAAAGAAAUUAUGGGCAAAUGCAGAAUCCGCAUCAGUCGUAUCCAAAUCAGCACGGUGGACCAAGCAAUUACUACCAGAGACAAAGAGAGGACAGGAACCGACCGAAUUACAACCAAGGGAGAAAUUACCAAAUGCCGCCGCAGCAGUCGGGAAGAUACAACUGGAAAUAAAAAUUUUUAGCACUUUGUGGAUUUUUUUUUUUUCUCUGCUGGUAGAAAGUUUUCAUACAAUGAAAUACGAAUACUGUGUAAAUGUUUUUAUUUUGUGCAGGUAGAUUGUAUUUGAUUAAUGUAUCUUUUAUUUAAUGUCCUUUUUUUAAAAAAAAAAUGGCAUUUGUAAGAAAUGUUACUGUCGGCUACCCUGGAGUCAUGUAGACACCUAGCAUUCUUUAACCUUUGUAUGACCGCAUCAUGCCGCAAGGAUAGAAGUGAUGAAGAUUUUGGCCUCCUGUUUUAAUGGGAAGACUUUUUUUUUUUAAAGCAGGGUUUCAGUGUUUUAUAUUUUGUGUUCUAACUAAAUGAUUUUAUAAAGACAUGAUCAUUAUAGUAA